CCUGCCUGCUGUAGUUUUUGCACUUGCAGCCCUGCCGAGCUUCUGCCUCCCACAGAAGCCGCGCUCGAGUUGAUCUGCAGACUAGCAAUUGCGUCGUGGUAGUCCAGUCCAAAAUCUGCCCGACUCCGCACCGGCCCAGCAGCACACCCGCGCCAGCCCACCCCACACGCACCUCCCAGCGGCUGUAGGGGACGAAUUGCACACAUCCACCACAAUGGCGAGCGCUGCAACCAACGGCGUCGGCGGCGAUGCCAACGGCGCGCCGAGCAGCUAUGCGAGCCAGUUUACGCUGGCGCCGCACUUCAUCGGCGGCAACAAGCUGAGCGCUGCGGCGCCCGGCAAGGUCAAGGACUUUGUGGCGGCCAACGACGGCCACACGGUCAUCACAAACGUGCUGAUUGCAAACAACGGCAUUGCGGCCGUCAAGGAGAUCCGCAGCGUGCGCAAGUGGGCGUACGAGACAUUCGGCGAUGAGCGGGCAAUCCAGUUCACCGUCAUGGCGACCCCCGAGGACCUGCAGGCCAACGCCGAGUACAUCCGCAUGGCCGACCAGUACGUCGAGGUGCCCGGCGGCACCAACAACAACAACUACGCCAACGUCGAGCUGAUCGUCGACGUGGCCGAGCGCAUGAACGUGCACGCCGUGUGGGCGGGGUGGGGCCACGCCUCCGAGAACCCCAAGCUGCCCGAGUCGCUCGCGGCCUCGCCCAAGAAGAUCGUCUUCAUCGGCCCGCCGGGCUCCGCCAUGCGCUCGCUGGGCGACAAGAUCUCGUCGACCAUCGUCGCGCAGCACGCCAAGGUGCCCUGCAUCCCGUGGUCCGGCACCGGCGUCGACGAGGUCAUCGUCGACGACGCCGGCAUCGUGACGGUGGAGGACGACGUCUACGAGAAGGGCUGCACCAAGACGUGGGAGGAGGGCCUGGUGGCCGCCAAGAAAAUUGGCUUCCCCAUCAUGGUCAAGGCCUCUGAGGGCGGCGGCGGCAAGGGCAUCCGCAAGGUCGAGCGCGAGGAGGACUUUGAGCAGCUGUACAAGGCCGCUGCCUCGGAGAUCCCCGGCUCGCCCAUCUUCAUCAUGAAGCUCGCCGGCAGCGCCCGCCAUCUGGAGGUUCAGCUGCUGGCCGAUCAGUACGGCAACAAUAUCUCGCUGUUCGGCCGUGACUGCUCCGUUCAGCGCCGUCACCAGAAGAUCAUUGAGGAGGCCCCAGUCACCGUGGCCGGCUCCAAGAUCUUCCAGGAGAUGGAGAAGGCCGCCGUCUCUCUGGGCCGCCUGGUCGGCUACGUCUCCGCCGGUACCGUCGAGUACCUGUACUCGCACGCCGAUGACAAGUUCUACUUCCUCGAGCUGAACCCACGUCUGCAGGUCGAGCAUCCCACCACCGAGAUGGUCACGGGCGUCAACCUCCCUGCCGCCCAGCUCCAGAUCGCCAUGGGUCUGCCCUUGCACCGCAUCCGCGACAUUCGUCUGCUCUACGGCGCCGACCCUCACACCAGCUCGCAGAUCGACUUCGACUUCUCGACUGCCGGCAGCGCCGUGAACCAGCGCCGACCCGCGGCCAAGGGCCACUGCACUGCCUGCCGCAUCACAUCUGAGGACCCCGAUGAGGGCUUCAAGCCGUCUGGCGGUACUAUCCACGAUCUGAACUUCAGGAGUAGCUCCAACGUCUGGGGUUACUUCUCCGUGAGUUCGGCCGGUGGUAUCCACAGCUUCUCCGACUCGCAAUUCGGUCACAUCUUCGCCUAUGGUGAAAACCGUCAAGCGUCGCGAAAGCACAUGGUCGUCGCGCUCAAGGAAUUGAGCAUUCGCGGUGACUUUCGAACCACCGUCGAGUACCUCAUCAAGCUGCUCGAAACUCCGGCGUUCGAGGACAACACCAUGACCACUGGCUGGCUCGACGAGCUCAUCACCAAGAAAUUGACUGCUGAGCGACCAGACCGCAUGAUUGCUGUUAUCUGCGGUGCCGUCACCAAGGCCCAUGUUGCCUCGGAGGACUGCAUCAACGAGUACAAGACUUCUCUCGAGAAGGGACAGGUUCCCUCCAAAGAUGUCCUGAAGACUGUCUUCCCAAUCGACUUCAUCUACGAGGGUUUCCGCUACAAGUUCACCGCGACAAGGUCCACCCUCGAGAGCUUCACGCUCUUCAUCAACGGUUCCAAGGUGUCUGUCGGCCUGCGAGCGCUUGCUGACGGCGGUCUGCUGAUCCUGCUUGGCGGAAAGUCGCACAACGUGUACUGGAAGGAGGAAGUCGGUGCCACCCGUCUCUCCGUAGACGGAAAGACCUGCCUCCUCGAGCAGGAAAACGACCCUACCCAGCUCCGUACUCCCUCCCCCGGUAAACUCGUCAAGUUCACCGUUGAGAACGGCUCGCACAUCUCCAAGGGCCAGCCCUUCGCCGAGGUCGAGGUCAUGAAGAUGUACAUGCCCUUGAUCGCGCAAGAGGCCGGUAUCGUCAACUUCAUCAAGCAGCCUGGAGCAACUCUCGAGGCCGGUGACAUUCUUGGUGUUCUCGCUCUCGACGACCCGUCCAAGGUCAAGUCGGCCGAGAACUUCGUUGGCCUUCUUCCAGUUAUGGGUACACCUCAGGUUAUGGGUAGCAAGCCCCCGCAGAGGCUCGCCUACCUGUCUGCCGUGCUUCAGAACAUCCUCCAGGGUUUCGACAAUCAGGUCAUCAUGCAGAGCACACUCAAAGAGCUUGUUGAGGUUCUUCGCGACCCGGAGCUGCCUUACGGCGAGUGGAAUGCUCAGGCUUCUGCUCUGCACGCACGUAUGCCGCAGAAGCUGGACACUAUCCUGGAUCAGAUUGUCGAGAAGGCUCACAGUCGCCAACUGGAAUUCCCUAGCAAGCAGCUCAACAAGGCUUUCGACAAGUUCCUUGCUGACAACGUUGCCAAGGGCGAUGCUGAGCUCUUGAAGGCUGGUCUCGCCCCUCUUCAAGAUGUCAUUAAACGUUACUCUGAGGGCCUCAAGGCCCACGAGUACAGCGUCGUACUUUCAUACCUCGAGCAGUACUGGGCCACCGAGCGUCUUUUCUCUUCUCGCAACUCCCGAGAUGAGGAGGUCAUCCUCAAGCUUCGUGACGAGAACCGCGAUAACAUCGCAAGCGUCGUACAUACCGUUCUGUCUCACACUCGUGUUAGCGCAAAGAACAACCUUGUCAUCGCCAUCCUCGAUCUCUACCGCCCCAACAGGCCCGGUGUUGGCAACAUCGCCAAGUACUUCAAGGGUACUCUCAAGAAGCUUACAGAGCUCGAGUCCAGGCAGACCGCUAAGGUGUCGCUGAAGGCCCGUGAGGUCCUUAUCCAGUGCGCCAUGCCUUCUCUGGAAGAACGUACCUCGCAGAUGGAGCACAUCUUGCGCUCUGCUGUCGUUGAGUCCCGGUACGGCGAGAGUGGUUGGGAUCACCGUGAGCCCAACUUCGAGGUCAUCAAGGAGGUCGUCGAUUCCAGGUACACUGUCUUCGACGUCCUGACCCAAUUCUUCGUCCACCAAGACCCCUGGGUCGCACUCGCCGCUCUGGAGGUGUACACUCGCCGCGCUUACCGCGCCUACCAGCUCCAGAACAUCAACUACCACAACGAGGGCGAGCAGCAGUGCCUUUUGUCUUGGGACUUUGUACUGCGCAAGGUUGGUGAGGCAGAGUAUGGCCUCGCUGUCGAGCCUUCUGAGCCAGGCACACCGAGCACUCCCGGAUUUGAGCGUCCUCCCCGUAUCCACUCCAUGAGCGACUUGUCUGCAUGGAACGCUCGCUUCGAUAACGAGCCUACCAGGAAGGGUGUUGUUGUUCCCGUCGAGUUCCUUGACGACGCGGACGAGGCUCUCGCCAAGGCGCUUGAGAUCUUCCCCUCUGUUGGUGCCUCUAAGAAGGGCGGCAUGAGUUUGAAGGAUGGUCUUUCGCUGAAGCGCACCCCGACUAGCGGCGCCAAUAUCCCCAAGCAGAACAACGACGAACUCACUGGAGUCCUGAACGUUGCUGUCCGUGACAUUGAAGGCGUUCAGGAUGAGGAGAUUCUCGAGCGAAUCUUGCCCGUUGUCGAGGAGUACAAGGAAGAGCUCCUUGCCCGCCGCAUUCGCCGCCUCACUUUCAUCUGCGGCCACAAGGACGGUACCUACCCCGGCUACUACACUUUCCGUGGACCCCUCUACGAGGAGGAUGACAGCAUCCGUCACGUUGAGCCUGCUCUUGCCUUCCAGCUUGAGCUUGGGAGACUCUCAAAGUUCAACAUCAAGCCCGUCUUCACGGAGAACCGCAACAUCCACAUCUACGAGGCUGUUGGCAAGGGUGCUGAAAGCGACAAGCGCUACUUCUUGCGUGCUGUCGUCCGAUCUGGACGACUCCGCGAAGAGAUUCCUACUGCCGAGUACAUGAUCUCCGAGACCGACAGGUUGAUGACUGAUAUCCUGGAUGCUCUUGAGAUCGUUGGUACCUCGCAGGCUGACAUGAACCACAUCUUCAUCAACUUCUCGCACGUCUUCCCGCUCAACCCUGCGGAGGUCGAGGAAGCCAUUGGUGGCUUCUUGGAGCGCUUCGGCCGCCGUCUCUGGCGCCUUCGUGUCACUGGUGCUGAGAUCCGCAUCAUUGUCACCGACCCUCAGACCGGCAUUCCCUACCCUCUCCGUGUCAUCAUCACUAACACCUCCGGAUACGUUAUCCAGGUCGAGAUGUACGCGGAGCGCAAGUCUGAGAAGGCUGGCAAGUGGCUCUUCCACAGCAUUGGUGGAACCACCAAGAUUGGUGCCCUCCAUCUUCAACCGGUCACCACCCCCUACCCCACCAAGGGCGCUCUCCAGCCCAAGAGGUACAAGGCCCACCUCAUGGGAACCCAGUAUGUCUACGACUUCCCUGAGCUCUUCCGUCAGGCCACCGAGAACAGCUGGAACGCAGCAAGUGCUAAGCACCACCACCUCCGCGACAUGCAGCCUCCUAAGGGUGACUGUGCUGAGUACUUCGAGUUGGUGCUUGAUGACAAUGACAAUCUGGCUGAGGUGAACCGCGAUCCUGGCAACAACAACAUCGGUAUGGUUGGUUGGAUUGUCACUGCCAAGACACCUGAGUACCCCCGUGGCCGCCGCUUCAUCAUCAUUGCCAACGACAUCACUUUCAAGAUCGGUUCGUUCGGUCCCCAGGAAGACAAGUUCUUCCACAAGUGCUCUGAGCUCGCACGUAAGCUCGGCAUCCCGCGAAUCUACCUCUCGGCAAACUCCGGUGCCCGUAUCGGUCUUGCCGAGGAGCUCAUACCCCACUUCUCGGUCGCUUGGAAGGACGCUGAGAAGCCUGAGGCUGGCUUCGAUUACCUCUACCUCACACCCGAGAAGUACGCGCACUUCGUCGAUGGCAAGCGCAACGAUGUCAUCUGCGAGAAGGUGGACGAAGAAGGCGAGACACGCUACAAGAUCACCACUGUCAUUGGUCAGGAGGAUGGUCUUGGUGUUGAGUCGCUUCGUGGCUCUGGUCUCAUUGCCGGUGAGACUUCGAGGGCUUACGAGGAUAUCUUCACCAUCACUUUGGUGACUUGCCGCUCGGUUGGUAUCGGUGCUUACCUCGUCCGUCUCGGACAGCGUGCCAUCCAGAUCGAGGGCCAGCCCAUCAUCCUUACUGGUGCCCAGGCUAUCAACAAGCUGCUCGGUCGCGAGGUCUACACAUCCAACCUUCAGCUUGGUGGCACCCAAAUCAUGUACAGGAACGGUGUUUCCCACAUGACUGCUGAUGACGACUUCGAGGGUGUUUCCAAGAUCGUCAAGUGGAUGUCGUACGUGCCUGAUAAGAAGGGUAGCCCCGUUCCUAUCUCACCUACGGCUGAUGACUGGGAUCGCGACGUCACUUUCUACCCCCCGAACAAGUCUGCCUACGAUGUAAGGCACCUCAUCGCCGGAAAGGAGGAUGCCGAUGGCUUCCAGUCUGGCCUGUUCGACCGCGGCUCUUUCGAGGAGAGUCUCGGCGGCUGGGCCAAGACUGUCGUUGUUGGUCGCGCGCGCCUUGGUGGCAUCCCUGUUGGUGUCAUCGGUGUUGAGACUCGCGCGGUUGAGAACGUCACACCUGCCGAUCCUGCCAACCCCGACUCCAUUGAACAGGUUGCUUCCGAGGCUGGUGGUGUCUGGUACCCCAACUCGGCCUUCAAGACUGCACAGGCCAUCAAUGACUUCAACCACGGCGAACAGCUGCCUUUGAUGAUCCUUGCUAACUGGCGUGGUUUCUCUGGUGGCCAGCGCGACAUGUACAACGAGGUCCUCAAGUAUGGUUCUUACAUCGUCGAUGCUCUCGUCAAGUAUGAGCAGCCCGUCUUCGUCUACAUUCCCCCCUACGGCGAGCUUCGUGGUGGAUCUUGGGUUGUUGUUGACCCCACCAUCAACCCACAGUACAUGGAGAUGUACGCUGACGAGGACUCGCGAGGUGGUGUUCUCGAGCCCGAGGGUAUCGUCGGUAUCAAAUACCGCCGUGAACGCCAGCUCGAGACCAUGGCACGCAACGACCCUACCUAUGGCGCUCUCAAGCGCAAGCUGAUCGACCCCUCAACACCCCAGGAUCAGCUGCAGUCCAUCAAGGCCGAGAUGACCAAGCGCGAGGAGCUCCUGCUCCCCAUCUACGGCCAGAUUGCCAUCCAGUUCGCCGACCUUCACGACCGUUCGGGUCGCAUGGAGGCUAAGGGUGUCAUCCGCCAGGCGCUGCGCUGGCAGAACGCAAGGAGGUUCUUCUACUGGCGUCUCCGCCGCAGAUUGAACGAGGAGUACAUCCUGAAGAAGCUCGCAUCGGCUGCUGCACCGGGCCAAGAGUCGCCAAAGGCCGAUGCCAUCACACGGGCCAGGUCGCUUGAGAUGCUUCAGGCAUGGUGCCAGGUACCGCAGUUCGAGAACGACGAUAUGAGCGUCGCAACAUGGUACGAGGAGAACCGCAAGACGGUGCACGAGCGCGUCGAGAAGCUCAAGAGCGAUGGCAUCGCGCUCGAGAUUGCAAGCCUGAUGCGCAAGGACCGCGACGGCGGCCUCAAGGGCGUUCUGACGCUGCUCAGUACGCUGCCCACAGCCGAGAAGGAGGAGGUCAUCAAGAUGUUGUCGAAGGCGUAGAGCAUGAAGUAACGACUGUAAAAUAGGUUGCAAGACGAGACGGGAUGGUACGGGGGGCUGUUGCAUAUUGCAGGCGCGUACGGUUCGGUUCUAUGAUUCAUGGGCUG